AUGGCGAACCUCACCGAGACUGAGGUCGCGUUGGAGAAGUCAGCUGCUCACCACGUAGAGGAUACAUUGGGCCACGGGGCAAUUGUUGACGCAAAGCAUGCCACAGAUGAGGAACACGCGCAGACCCUUUGGCAGGGUCUUCGAGACAAUCGUAAAGCCGUGUUUUGGUCCGCAUUAAUUUCAAUGUCAAUUGUAAUGGAAGGCUACGAUAUUAUUUUAAUGGGCAACUUCUUCGGGUAUCCUUCUUUUCAACACAAGUAUGGGGAGGAUUAUGGCAAGGAACUUGGAUGGCAGGUGCCUGCUCGAUGGCAGACAGGACUGAAUAUGUCUAGCACGGUCGGGUGCAUUUUCGGUGGUGUCCUGAACGGAUACCUUGCAUCCCGAUUUGGGUAUCGUUUUGUCAUGAUAGUCGCCCUGGCUUUCCUGAACGCUGUCCUUUUCAUCGUGUUUUUCGCCAACACAGCUACUGUCUUGCUCGUAGGUGAGAUAUUCUGCGGGUUUGCAUGGGGUGUCUUUGCGACCAUUGGCCCGGCCUAUGCCUCGGAAGUCUGUCCCACCAACCUUAGAGGCUAUCUCACCAUCUACGUCAACAUGUGCUGGGCCAUCGGCCAGCUGAUUGCGUCCGGUGUUUUAUAUGGCUUAGUGGGCCGCUCAGAUCAAUGGGGCUACAGAAUACCAUUUGCGUUGCAAUGGAUCUGGCCUACCCCUCUGAUAGUGGUCUGUUGGCUGGCACCAGAAAGCCCUUGGUACCUCGUGCGCAAAGAUCGACUGGACGACGCCAAGCUCAGUAUUCGACGUCUCGGAGGCAACAAAACCGAGGAGCAGAUCAACGGACAAUUGGCUAUGAUGGUACAUACUGCCAAAAUCGAAGCCGAAAUUGAGUCCGGCACCACCUAUUUAGAUUGUUUCAAAGGGGUCGACCUGCGCCGCACGGAGAUCUGCUGCGUAACAUUUUGUUGCCAGAUUUUAUCCGGCAGCACUUUCGCCUACUCGCCCACUUAUUUCUUCGAGCAAGCCGGUAUAGCCACUUCGCAUGCUUUCCAACUUGGCGUUGGCUGCACCGCCAUAGCCUUUGUCGGAACCGUUUUAUCCUGGUUUCUCAUCUCAAAGUUCGGGCGUCGCACCCUUUACGUUUGGGGCCUGGGUACCCUCUGUGGUAUACUUUUCAUAAUUGGAAUCGUCAAUGCAGCAGCCCAUACGAAUGGUGCUAUGUGGGCCCAGGCUGCCUUAUGUUUCGUUUGGCUAUUCGUGUACUCUCUGACCGUUGGCCCGAUCGCCUACGCCAUCGUCAGUGAAACUUCUAGUGUUCGGCUGCGACCCUUGACCGUCUGUUUAGCUCGUACGGCCUAUCAGAUGGUGAAUGUCGUGUCCAUGGUCAUUGAGCCAUAUGCCAUGUCACCCACGGCGUGGAACCUGUCGGGGAAGACAGGUUUUAUCUGGGGGUGCACUGCGCUCAUCGCGUUCAUCUGGGCUUUCUUCCGGCUGCCCGAGCCGAAAGGUCGUACAUAUGCUGAGUUAGACAUCCUCUUCGCCACAAAGGUCCCGGCACGCAAGUUCUCUUCUACUUUCGUGGAUCCAUACGCCAUCACGGUCUCCCACUCACAGGAAGGCCUCGUACAGGAAACGAAGCAAUAG